UGGCAUCUCAGUCCGCCUGGCACGGCGACGGUUCGGAAUUUGUGGCACAGCGUGGUGACCGCUCCGAAGCUCGUCUUGCGAUUCUGCUCUGCGCCAUGUAUCCAGCUCAGCGCGCAAAGCUCGCUUAUUCGACGGCAGAGUCAAGGGCUCAUGCUAGCGUACGCCUACGUGCAUACAUGGCGAGCAUGACCGCACGUACGACGCGCAUUCUGGGGUCCAAGCAGGCGAGAAGGGAGGGGUGCGGAAAACGUAUAAGUAUGCCAUCCAUUCGGGCAUGCCCCCCAUCCUUGUGAGCCUUAGACAACGUCUCACCCUUUCCUCCCACUCUGCUGUUCCAUCUCUCUGCGGCUGGUCCGUACGUACUCCCUUGCACUUCUUCUACCCAACAUUUGCCCAACGCAGCAACAGGUUUGCUUUCCCCCUUCCCAAUCACCUUCUCCUCACAAUGAAGCACCAAUACGCAGUCUUUGUGGCCGUGGUGGCUGCUGCCAUCGGCUUUGCUAAUGCAGUCCCCAUCAACAUGGCCAACGGAGUGCAGAUUGGCGAGCGCGACGCUUCACAGGCGAUGAGCGAUCUGAGGGCUCGCGGCUUCGACUUUGAAAACUUCUUCAAUGGCAACAAUCAGAAGGUGGAGAUCAAUGGCUCGACCACCAAGUAUGGCCACAACUCGCACCCGUCGACCUCGACUUCCACGUCGUCCACUUCGACUUCUACCUCAACCACAUCCACAUCGACCAGCUCAUCUCCCAAGUCCACCCCGACCAAAGCGGCUGACAAGAAGAAGGCUGACGAGGAUGAGAAGAAGAAGAAGGACGAGGCAAAGAAGAAUGUCGACAAGAUGGAGAGCGUAGACAAGGAAGCUUACUGGAGAAAGUUCAUCCACACCCUCCUCUCCGACGAGCCCAUCGACAAGAAGGGCAAGGCACUUGAAGACAUCAUCGACGAUAUCAAGAAGGGCACCAAGCUGCCAGACACUGAUGAGGACAAGAAGCACGCCAAGGACAGCGAGUCCAAGAAGAAGGAUCACAAAAAGAAGAAGGACGAGGACAAGAAGAAGGAGGAUGAGGACAAGAAGAAGGAGGAUGAGAACAAGGACGAGGAGGAGGAGGACACGGAAAAGCGAUCUCUCCGCUCCGAGGCUCGUUCUCCCGUCAAAUGGUCCCAUCCUCUGGCGCGAGCAAUCAUCGAGGACUCUGAGAUCCGCGCACGAGCAGAAGAGAUCUUCAGCAUCGCAGCUCGUGACGAAUCCGAUGACGCUAAGAAGAAAGCCGCCGUCACCGCCGCAGCUGUCAACGCGAUUGCGAUUGCGUUGCGCCCUGAUGCUGCGAAGCCGAAGCGCGACGUCUCUGAUCCGAUAAUCGAGCCGCUUGGACACCGUUUCGACCGCCGCGCAGCCGGUGAGGGCGCUCCACCAUCCGCGAGAUCCCUCAACGCUCGUCGUGCCCCUGUAUACAAGCCAGUCACCAUGUUCUCUCGUGACGACAGCGAUGACAACGACAAGACGAACGUUACUUGGGUCCGACCAAACAAGUGGGGUAUCAAGCCCCUCUUUGGCGACGACAACAGCACCCACACUUCCUUGUCAGAUCGUCUGAAGAGUGCAAAGGACAACUUCUUCAACGCAAUCAAGGGAGAUGACAAGAAGAACGGGGCUGCUGCUGCUCAUGCACCCGCUGUCCUCAUCACUGUAUCCUUCGCUGCUGCGUCUGCCGCGGGAGUGUUCCUGCUCGCGUAGGCGCAAAGCUCCUCGUUUGCCUCCAUUCUCAUCUGCCAAUGACAUGCGCGUUUGCAUACUUGCGAAGAUCUCUACACGAUGUUUGAAGGGUGC